GACGUCUCUGAAAGUAAUUGUAUAGAUUUCCAGCAUAUGUUUUUCAGAAAACCAAUACAAAAUGUGUAUUUUUGGCCGUCGUUGAGCGAAUACGAACGACUAGUUCUCAGAGAUGCCUUCUUCCAAAUUGGUCGACGCACUUGCGUGAAAUUCGUCGAGCAAGAAUACAAGCCAUGGUUCCAUGCUGAUCGUUGGGAUGCAACGAAACCGUACGUCAUCAUUCGUAAAAGCGAAAAAUAUGCAGCUUAUUCCAGUAACACAGUUGAAGACACGGCUGAGCGAACUAUUCUUUACAUUUCUGAAAACGCAUUCUACAUGGAUACAUUUAAUCACUCACGUGGAGCCAUCAUGGAUCAGUUAGUACGCUUUCUAGGUACGUUCAUUCGUUUAUUUAUUCAUUUGCUUGUUAACAUAGUUGCUUGUUUUUUCUAUGGCUGCAUUUCGCACAUUCCAGUUUAUCAAGCUGCUCAACUCAUGUGGCCUUUCGAUCCGGAAAGCGUUACCGUACCACUUUGGGCUAGGGAUAAGUAUCGUCUCACCCAAUAUUGUCCGGCCAGGAAUGAUGCGGAUAUCGGUGCAGGACAAAGAGUCGGCCUUCUAACCAAAUGGGACACGGUCAAACUGAACACGAUGUACUGUCCAGAACGGGUUCACGCCGAUCCACAACGUGGUCCAUGUGUUGUGCCCCGACAAAAAGACAUCGAGGAAUUCAAGUACCGUGUUUGGGCCUAUAAACGACUGCUGAAUAGAAACUGA